AUGGAUCUUUCUCUCAGACUUGAGAAAGAGAAAGAUGAAGAAAGAUCAAAACACAGCUGUGAGAAGGAAGAAGAAGAUGAUGAUGAGGCUAGUGAAGAUAAAGAUGAACAAAUGGUGAAAGAAGACGAAACUGAAGAUUCUCUUUUAAGUUCAAAAUCCCGAAAAGAAGAAAACGAACGUGAAGAGAUGCAGAUCGAGAUGGAACAUGUAAAAGAAGAGAAUAUGAGGUUGAGGAAGCUUGUAGAGCAAACCCUUCAAGAUUAUCGUCAGCUCGAGAUGAAAUUCCCGGUUAUCGAUCAAACUGACAAGAUGGAUCUUGAAACGUUCCUUGGGGCACAAGCCAAGGCUCGGAAAAGAGGAGUCGAAAGAUCUGCUUCCUUGCCUUCGGUAGAGGGGGAAUUAGGGCUUUCACUUUCUCUACAGAAAAAGCAGAAACGAGAAGAGGGCAAAGCAGCUGAGUCUCAUAACACACAAAGAUACAAUAGUAGCAGCACAAUUCAGGGACAAGAUAUAAACACGCAACGUGUCAUAACGUCUUCACCGGGGAAUAGAAAAGCCAGGGUAUCAGUGAGGGCGAGGUGUGAAACCGCAACGAUGAAUGAUGGGUGCCAAUGGAGAAAGUAUGGUCAGAAAACAGCGAAAGGGAAUCCAUGUCCAAGAGCUUAUUACCGAUGCACCGUGGCUCCAGGAUGUCCCGUUAGAAAACAGGUGCAAAGAUGUUUAGAAGACAUGUCGAUAUUGAUAACAACCUAUGAAGGAACACACAACCACCCACUUCCGGUCGGAGCAACAGCCAUGGCUUCCACUGCCUCCACUUCUUCAUUCUUGUUACUUGAUUCUAGCGACAACCUCUCUCAUCCUUCCUAUUUUCAACAAAAUGGCAACGAUAAUCGAUCCAUAAGAAGCUUGAUCAACUUUGAUGAUCCAUCAUCUAGAGGUGGAGAUCAUGUUUCAUCGUCCCAAAACCGGUUGAAUUGGAUGAUGUAG